AUGACGGACGCGUCACUUCUGGCAGGUAUGAUGGAUACGGUUCUCAACUUGGGACUGAACGAUCAGACCGUGGAGGCCUUGGCGAAGCAGUCUGGCGACCGGCGCUUUGCCUUUGACAGCUACCGUCGCUUCGUUCAGAUGUAUUCUGAUGUGGUACUUGGCAUCGAGCUCAACCACUUCGAAAAGCACUUGGAGCGUGCAAAGGCCAAGCGUGGCGUGAAGCAGGACUGCGAGCUGCUCGCGGAAGACUUGGAGAAGCUGGUGAAAUCGUACAAGUCGGUGGUGCAGUUGGAGCUUGGUGAGGACUUCCCAGAAGAUCCGAAAGCCCAGCUCUGGGGCGCAAUCGGUGCC